GCCUAAACAUCAGGAGGGCCUGCAACCUCUCCUGACUUAACUCCUCACACAAACUCUUCAUCUCCGCAGCGUUUUCUCUACCUGGACUACAGAAAAAUGCUUCAGGGAGCACGAGGCUUGGUAAAAUCAGCUGGUGCACGAAGUACUCAUGCCGUAAGGGGAGUGCACGUCCGAGCGUCGUCCUCGAGAACCUCGACCCGUGGAAUCAUCGUAACGACAGCUGCUGCUGUGGCUGCAGGAACAGUAUGGUACUCUACACACACUACAGUCCACAACGACGCGCCACCAGAGACAGACCGGCUCGCCGCACUGGAGAAGGCUGCCGCUCCGUCAGAAAAGUCGCCCAACGUGCUGAGCAGGGGGGACACGCUCAACACGCUGAUCUGGGGAUCGAACAAAGCGCAUGUCCUUGAGAUCGACGGUGCGGCGCCCGAGUCGAUCCGUACGCCUGCGGCGGCUUCGUGGCUCGAGAAUGUUGCUCUAAGGGGUUUGGCAAUACAUGAGCGGCAUGCUGCGUGUGUCGACGCGCGAGGGGAUGUUUACCAGUGGGGUGAUGGCUUUAGUAGUAAACCUGGUUCGUCUGCGGGCAAGCCUACGUUGACAUUGAAAGGAAAGAACAUCACCCGAGUGCAAGUGACGCCAACUCGCGUGUUCGCUCUCUCGGCAUCUGGGCGGAUAUACGUCCUGUCCUCUUCAGCAUCCGAGCAAUCACUCGCGCCGGGCACGCCGACGCCCGCAAGCUCUCCGUGGUGGGGCACAGGCUGGUACUGGGGCGAAGAGGAGGAUGUUGACUUUGUCGAGCUGCUACCAAACGAGAAGCUCGGCUGGAAAGAGAAGUUCGUCUCAAUAGCUGCAGGCUCCGACCACCUCCUCGCCCUCACCUCCGCUGGGCGCACCUUCGCACAUCCAAUUUCUCUUAAUGCAAAUGCCUACGGCCAGCUGGGCUUUCGCAAGUUUGACGUCCCCGCGCCCGCGUCGACCUUCCGUCACCCACAUCUUCCACAUGGGCACACCCGCGUGUCCAUCGAGCUCACGCCAAAAUCCAUCGCGGACCCGUAUGCGAAGGCCAGCCAGGCGAUCCGACGCUCGGGGGAGGCGGAGACGGAGGAGGAAAAGAAGGCUAGGAGCGGGGUCGAUGCACCUUUGGGGCUCGACGACAAGAGCACACAUUUUUCUGAUAAGCUAUUUGAGGUGCCUGCGUUGCGUGGGGUGGACGUGGAUGGUAUUGCUGCCGGGUCAAGGACGAGCUUUGUGAAGACGAAGUCUGGCAGGGUGCUAGGGUGGGGUGCGAACGAGUACGGACAGAUCGGUUUGGGUGGCCAGGUAACACUCGAAGCGAUCACCGUCCCAACGGAGGUCAUCCUUUGGCGGCACACACCCGCUGCAACGCGCACGACGUGUCUGGACGUGUACGCCGGCGGGGACCUCACGUUCUUCAAGGUCGAGCGGCGCGACGGGACCGCAAUGCCAUACAUCGACGUCUUAUCGUGCGGGAACGGCCAGUGGGGCGGACUGGGCAACGCGCAAUACAGCAACGCCCAGGGCACACCCGUCCGCACGCGGAACGUCAGCGGGCUUCUGGAAUACAGCGAGCCGCACGAUAACCUGCAGCCCAUCGUGCCGUACGAUAUCUCCGUCUCGCCGACGGGGCACGUCCUCCUCACGCUCGACACGCUCGCGCAUGGCGGACCGGGCGCAGUGGGCCGGGACCUGAUGGCGUGGGGCGCGAAUUACGACUACCAGCUUGGGAGUGGGCGGCGCGGGAGCAUCGCAGCGCCCGCGGUCGUUCCGGGCGGGGACGAAGAGCGGUUGAUGCUCGCGAAGCGGAGGGCGGCGGAGGUGAGGGACUUGCGGGGGCGUGUGUGGAAGAAGGGCGUGGAUGUGGAACAGCGCGCGGUGGCGGGCUGGGGAAACAGUGUGGUGUAUUGGAAGAUUUGCUCGUAGGGUCUGUUGGUGAGCUGGGUGUCGGCGGGUUGGCUACUGGG